UUGAAGUAUACAGAUGUCGACUUUCGGAAAUUAACAGGUUUUCACAAGAAUCAGUUAUUCCAGAUCGCAAAAGCCUUAAAAACACCGUACAACGUGGCGGGCUUCGCUUUGACUCCUGACGAAUCCUUUUUCUUCAUUUUCCUUGUUCGUAUUCGCAACGGCUGCACGUAUAGUGUUCUUGCAGGCAUUUGCAGAAGGGAAGUAUCGACCAUUUCUAGGGUGGUCUCCUUCCUUGCUUGUUAUUUGUAUCAUGUCAUAAGACUAAAAUUAUCUGUCACUAGCGCUAGUUGGUUACCCGAGCGCUUGAAGGACAAUAAAUCAAUUGACGGCACAAGGAUUGUCGCUUUUAUUGAUGGUACUCAUAUGAAAAUUGCCCGGUCUCGUAAGCAUGCUCAGCACGGGCACGGUGAUGCCCAAAACGUUUACAGUGGCCAUGAAAAGACACAUAUUUUAAAAUACCAAGCAGUCGCCACCCCCGAUGGAAUUUGUAUCGAUCUUGCGGGUAGUCAGCAUGAUUCAUUCAUGUUCAUGUACAGCGGCUUAUAUGAUAGGCUCAAAUCUGCCUUGAAAGUUGACAACCAACAAUACAGGACGCCCGGGGAUCCUGCAUACCAAAGUUCUGACGUUUUCUUAGUCGCAUUCAAAGGUCAAAUGCUGACCCCAGAAGAAAAAAAGCAGAACAGGAUUAUGUCAACACCUCGUGUUUCGAUCGAGUGGUUCUUUGGAGCUGUAAAAAACAACUUCCGGAUCUUCAACGGUAAUGGUGUUUUAAAAAUGGGAGGUGUGAGGGGAUGUAGUGCUUAA